UAGCCAGAGGCGAGAAGGGAAAUUCAUUUUGUGACUGAAGAAAAAUCGUAUUGAAUACAAUGGCCCUGAUGUUGCUCCAUCAACACGCAACAUGGGCACUGCAACAGAGCUCCAGGAUAUUUGCAGGAGGACUCCGAGGAAUCAGCCAAGUGGCAGCUAAAAUUGAUAUGGAAUUUGACUAUGAUGGGCCACUGAUGAAGACCGAAGUCCCUGGUCCGAGAUCCAGGGAACUAAUGAAACAGUUGAAUGGAAUUCAGAACGCAGAGGCCGUCCACUUUUUCUGCAACUACGAGGAAAGCCGAGGGAAUUACCUUGUGGAUGUUGAUGGGAACCGGAUGUUGGAUCUCUACUCUCAGAUUUCAUCCAUCCCGAUUGGUUACAGCCACCCAUCUCUGAUCAAACUUUUGCAACAGCCCCAGAAUCUGAGCACUUUUGUCAACAGACCUGCCCUAGGAAUUUUGCCUCCAGAAAAUUUUGCUGAAAAGCUAAAGGAAUCUUUGCUUUCGGUUGCUCCUAAAGGCCUCUCUCAAGUCAUAACCAUGUCCUGUGGAUCUUGCUCCAACGAAAAUGCCUUUAAAACCAUAUUUAUGUGGUACAGGAGCAAAGAAAGGGGAGACCACAGCGUUACCAAAGAAGAGCUGGAGACCUGCAUGAUUAACCAGCCCCCUGGUUGCCCAGAAUACAGCAUGCUUUCCUUUAUGGGUGCAUUUCACGGGAGAACUAUGGGCUGCUUGGCGACUACGCACUCCAAGGCCAUUCACAAGCUAGACAUCCCGUCCUUUGACUGGCCCAUCGCUCCCUUCCCAAGGCUGCAGUACCCUUUGGAAGACUUUGCGCGAGAAAAUGAGCAGGAAGAAGCACGCUGCUUAGAGGAGGUGGAAGAUUUGAUUGUUAAAUACAGGAAAAAGAAUAAAGUUGUUGCAGGAAUCAUCGUGGAACCCAUUCAAUCCGAAGGAGGGGACAAUCACGCAUCAGAUGACUUUUUUAGGAAAUUGAGAAACAUCGCAAGAAAGCACGGCUGCGCCUUCUUGAUAGACGAGGUGCAAACAGGAGGUGGCUGUACUGGCAAAUUCUGGGCCCACGAACACUGGGGGCUCGAGGACCCAGCGGAUGUCCUAACGUUCAGCAAGAAGAUGAUGACCGGAGGGUUUUUCCACAAGGAGGAAUUCCGGGCAAAUGCACCGUAUAGGAUUUUUAACACGUGGCUUGGGGACCCUUCCAAGAACCUUCUGCUAGCGGAGGUCAUUAACGUCAUAAAAAGGGAGGACCUUCUGAGUAACGUCAACCAUGCCGGGAAGGUGCUGUUGAUGGGGCUGCUGGAAUUACAGAGUCGAUAUCCCCAUCUGAUCAGCCGAGCCCGGGGACGAGGGACGUUCUGCUCCUUUGACACUCCAAAUGACACAAUUCGGAACAAGUUCAUUGAAAUAGCAAGAAACAAAGGUGUGGUAUUAGGUGGCAGUGGGGACCGAUCAAUCCGUUUCCGGCCCACUCUAGUCUUCCGAGACCACCACGCGCAUCUUUUCCUGAACAUCUUCAGCGAUAUUCUGGCAGAUUUCAAGUAGCCAGGAUCCCACCUUGCACCGAGAGAGGCCAAAUAUCUUCUCAGAAUUGGAGAAUAGUUUAUUUAAGAUCAUAAAUAUAUAUGUAUAUACAUAUAAUAUAUAUUUUCACUAAUAGGAAAGAAAGAUGGAAUUCAUAAAGUGCUUCUUUUCUUUUUUUUUAAUGAUUGGUUUGAUCAUGCUCACCUCCAGCACAAACUGCUUCUGGCUAAAAAAAUAUAUAAUAAUAAUCUGGACAUGCUUUUGACGUCCUCGGCCAUCUCCUUUUGACCUAGCAAAGGCUAAAUGAUCGGUUUCGGGUUUCAAAGCUUGGCCUGGAAUUUGAAUUCCCAAGUUUGCUUUCUUGCAACGGGCUCCUAGUGCCCAAGUCUGGAAAGUGCACUUCUACUGCCACGGAUCCAGAGCACUGUUGAAGAUAGAGAUGACGGUGGGAUUCCAAGGAGAAAGCGGCUGUUGGAUCCACCCAAGGAAUCCCUUUGCAGAAGUGUGGUCUCUUCUGAAGCACACAAUGAAACUCAACAUCCCUCCACGUCACGUGUCUGCUAACAUUGGACUCUUAAUUGUGCUGCCCCGAGGGUCUGCAGGCCUCUCCAGGUGGAAGUUAUGGAUCUUGGAAGACUCACAGCACCUGUUCCAAGCCAUGAUCCUCUUUUACGCAGGAGUUGCCUAUAGGGAUUUGGGACUUUCCAUGAGCCAACUUCCUUCUCUGCUUUGUUGCUUGUAAACCUAUUGCUGUCAUUGCUUUUAUUUUACAUUUUUCGCCCAUCUUCACUUGGACGUGCCGAUGGCAUUUCCUUUGGCGACAAAGCAGGGUUUCUUUAAAUCAGAAGGACAACCCCAGGUGUUUGGAAGGACUCUUUGGCAGAAACAGGGUAGAAUUUUUUGCAAUUGUGGGGUGUGUGUGUCAAAUGGAGCCAGCAAAAAGAGUAAACCCAUCACCUUCUGCAGCUGUGGUGCACCGUAAUGGCAUCCAGCUCUCCUCAUCCAUGAUUGCAGCCUCCAGGACCCUUCAAAAGCUGUUGUCUAUACUGCAUUUUUUUUAAUACAACAGAAGGGGAAUGUGCGUUGGGGAAUGAUUGUAUGAAUUCUAAUGUAAUUUUAAUUCAAUUUGGUUUGGCUUCUGUUCUAGCUUUGUCCUUUGUUUGAAGUGGAAUCCAAAGCUCACGCAUGGUCUUUGUGACCAGUGAUGCCUCCUUCCCAUCCUCCGUGGAGCUUUUGGAGGAAUAAUCCCAAUCUGGUUGCAAAAUGAGAGCAUUUAUAGCUUUGCCAACCUGUGAUUUGGGCCCAAAGUUUGCUGUUUCUGCAGCCCUCCCACUCAUGCAUUGAGGCCCAUUUUGUCCAUCCCAGUUUAUGAGUGUGGAUUCUGAAGUCUUUCCAACAGGAAAGCUGCCUCUUCAAGGGAUUGGAAAUGAAGCAGAUUGUAUGGAAG